AUGCAGCGCUCGGUGGCACGACUUUUGGCGCAGGGUGCGGCCCACACGCCGUCGGCGGAUGUCCAGGCGGCGUCCAAGAUGCUUCUGCGCCCAAUCCCGCUGUACCGUGCUCUUUUGCGCGCGCACCGCUCGCUGAUGCCCGAAAUGCGUUCGCUCGGCGACGACUAUAUCAAGGCCGAGUUCCGGCGACACCAAAAAAUCGAUAACCCUCUGCAGAUUGUAGGCUUCUGCAGCCAGUGGAAGAUGUAUUUGGAUGCGCUGCAGGCAGACAAGCAGAUGCCGGGCGGCUCGCGCGGCCAGAGCUUGGACCCCAAGCUCCUGGACAAGUUCUCCGACGAACAGCUGUACCAGCUCUACGAGCUCAAGCUGGCUACGGAUGAGGUCUUUGACCCGGAAAAGGCACAAGCAAAGCCGCCACCCAAGAUUAAGAAGCACCAAUCAUAG